AUGUUUACCAAAGGAAACUUUCAAGUGCCUCUGUUGAACUUAGAAGUGAAGCCAGAGAUUGGAAUGGGAAAUGGGUGUGCAUAUGUUCAGUCAACUGUUUACUAUGUAGAAUUUAUCAAGAAAUUUACAAAUAGCCCUGCAAUUUCUCAAUCUCAAUUUCCGGUAUUCUUGGUGUACCUAGCAGGGCCAUACAUGGGUGUAGCUGGAGCUGUAUUUAUGGGAAAGCCAGUAUGUGAACCCCUUACACCUGUGAUGCCCCUCUUCUAUCUCCCUCACCAUGAAAAAAUAAUAUUGGAGACUGCUUAUGUGGUCAAGGCUUUGAAAAUAGCCCUUAUCAACUUGGAAACAUUUUAUGAUCAGCUAAGCCAACACAGCGAAAUAAUUAGAACUAUCAGCCAUCUUUCCCAUGUUUCAACAAAGCAAAUAUUGGAGAGUCUAUUGCCAAUCUCACCUAUGGUAGAAAAUCACUACGUUUUUCAAGCAAUAAUGAAAUACAAUAAUGGAUCAUCUCAACAUGUGAUUAUCAAGUUUGCUAAGAGAUAUUCAGAGGCAUGUCACAAAGAAUGUCAAGCAUUGGGAAUUGCACCAAAAUUGUUUUUCUGUGAACAGAUUGCUGGUGGAUGGUAUGUUGUAAUUAUGGAACAACUAAUGGAACACAAUUCAUUGUUUUAUCUUGCUCAGGACAAAGAGUUCUUAGUGUCAACGCUGAAUAAGGUGAUAGAGUCAAUAAAAAAAAUACAUGUUUUGGGCUUUGUGCAUGGAGAUAUGAGGCUUUCAAACAUCUUGGUUGGUCCUGAUAAUUCAAUAAAGAUAAUAGAUUUUGAUUGGUGUGGCAAGAUAGGGGAAGUUGUCUAUCCACCCCUCCUGAAUCAAGAGAUUGAUGUAUGGCAUCCUGAUGUAAAUGUUGGAGAGAAAAUCCUACCAGACCAUGAUUUGUACAUGCUAAAUACAGAAUUAAAAAAAGUAUGA